ACUGCCUCUCGUGUAAAUUAAUAAAUAAAUAAAUAAAUAAUGCUCAAAGCCAACUGGCAAUUUUGAUUUGUUGCACAAACAGAUAAAAAUGGAGAGGUCCAUGGCUCUUUUGCAAAGGACAAAAUUAGUGUGUAGGAUUUCACUCUCGUUCCUUUUCUUUUCUUUUCUUUUCUUUUCUUUUCUUUUCUUAUUUUCUCACAGAAAAAAGUGCUUAUAUAUUUUGAGAAGAAGAAAGGAGCUAUUUCUUCAGAGGAGAACCCAUCUGGAAUCUUGCUUGUUACGAAGAAAGACAUUAAUGGAUAUUCCAGCUUCUCAACACGGCAGUGAUGGUGAUGAGUCUGGUUGGACUCUGUAUUUAAACCAUUCUUCUUCUUCUUCUUUUUCAAAAGAUCACUGCUAUGGUUAUGGUGAUUAUUAUGGAGGUAACAAUGGAGGUAGUAGAAUCCACGAAGAUGAUGGUGAUGAGGAUUUGUCAAUGGUGUCUGAUGCAUCUUCUGCUCCUAGACAUUACUGUGAAGAUGACGAAGAUUGCUCUUAUGGAAAUGGGUUUUUUUGCUCUAAUGUUCUUCCUUCUGCAACUGAAGGAUUAGCCAAGAAGAGUAGUGAGAAGAAGAAGAAGAAGAAGAAGACUAAUCAAGAAUAUGGGAGAAAUUACCAGAGACAUUCUUGUCUUGACGACACUGCUAGCUCCCCUGUAAUUGGCUUUUCUAAGAAGUUCAGUCUCUCCAAGAACAAAGCUUCAACGGAUGAGCAUGUCGUGGAUUUCUCACAUGGCUUCUCUGCAACAUAUUUUGAGGUAUUCCCCACUAACCCACGACUCUUUUCUCAAUAUAUAGAUGUAGAUGUAGAUAUACACACACACACACAUGCUUAUGUAUAAUCAAAAUAACCAAUUGUUUCCA